AUGAUGAUGCAACACGAGUUCGACGAGAUCCGUCGCACGGCAUCGCAGAACAAGAUACCGGACGAGACAGAGGCCGCGCGCGAGGACCAAGCCGAGGAGAUCCGUGUCGAAGAUGCCGAGAGAACCAAACAUCUCGAAACUGGAAUUGACAAAAUUCUGGAUUUGUUCAGACCUGAAGACUCCAAGAACCCACACAUUCAGGAGAAGCUUAGAAAGCUUUGUGCCAUGUUGCCCUCAACCGGCGAGGGUCAGCAGAUUUUGACAUUCCCGACAGAGUCGCCCAACAAGACUACCGACGACGCUCUGCGUCACCGCGAGAUCGAAGACCGGACUCGAGCCGCGGACAAGAAUAAGCAGCCGAGCGAGAAGCGGAAAUACCAAAGCGCGCUGGAAAAGAUUGAGAAUGAACUUCCAUCGCGCAAGAAGAAGCGUCAGGGUCGGAAUUCCACCAGGAAUGGUGACCGAAAGUGGCGCUGGGAUCACAUGGAUCGUGAACUGGGACCGAGUGACUACGAGCCGAGCAGGUUCCCGACGAUGGGCGAGCCGAUGGAUGAUGCAGCCCUUGAUGAGAAUUGGAGUGUAGCCGCCACCACUGGGAGGCGGACGCCCAAGUUACCACGUCCGGAGACGCCAGAACUUCGGUCCAACGCAUCCCGUGACAUGAAUGUUUCCUCUGCGCAGACCUUCGGCAGAGCGGAUGUGAAGGAGAGGAGGAAGCAGGCUGAAGAGUGGCGCAAGAGAUCUCCCUAG